CUCACACACACACACACUUUUACACACAGCAGUGAUGGGAUAAGAUACGACGCAUUACCGUGCAGUGCAGUGCAGUGAGGAGUGUGUGUGUCUGGAGGUGCACAGCCAGCUAAGUAAGUGCAUGUCAGUCUGAACCGAGGAGCGUGAGCGACCUUCCAUGGUUUUUAAGCUGGAUGUGUUGUUUUUUUUGCAGCAGUACAGUCUGAGAAGAAGGAGACAGAGAGAGUGUCCUGAAUAUGUGGAAUUCUGUCUUCUAAUAACAUGCGAGGGAUCAGGGCCCAUAAAUUGAUGACAGUUCUGCACUUGACAAGGACACAAUGACUCACAGCCCUUUUGGAAAUACUGCAGUGUUUAAAAUGUAUAAGUGGAAGAAUUGCAACUCUGAGACAUACUAAAUAUAUUCUGUAGAAAUCCAAAGGAAAGGAAAAACUGCAAACACUGCCCCAUGGAGAUAUGGAUUGGACAUUCUAUCAGAUGUCAUUAUAGAGAGUAUAAAGAGGAUUCAAGCUGUGAAGAGCACUGUUCAUAGUUCUUCCACAACCAGCGAGAACAACAACAGAAAUCAAAUGGUUCAGUAACAGCCGCUCCAUCACAGGUCAGAGGAAAGUUACGGCCCAGAGAUGAGUGUUCCUCAGCCCGCUGAGGGCUUCCCUGUCGGGGGGAAAAAUGGAUCCAGCAUGAGGCUCCCUCUUCACAGUGCGGGAGAUCACAAUGGGAAUGCUUUCCCAAUUUCCUCCUCCUCCUCCUCUUCUUCCUCCUCCUGUCUGGGGGAAUCGUCUCCUGAGUCGCUGCGGAGUCUGAGCAGCCUCAGCGGGGGCCGGACCGACAGCCCUAUGGACUAUGACAUGUUCGAGGUCACCCUGAUGACGACGGUGACGACCGAAACGCACAAAAUGACAGAUGUUGUAGUUUCAAAAUGGGGACCGGAGGAGGAAAGUAAACCAGAGGACGUCGCUGCGGCAACAGAGCUAUCGGAAUCCAACGACAACUCGGUGUCUGUUUACCUGGACGCCAACAGCUGUGAAUACCGCCAAGACACCUGGAACGACAACGACAACCUGACACUGGCCCUGUCCCUGACCGCAAACAGCGGUAGCCGUGACAACAGUGACGACCUCAGCAGUAGGAGCAGUAACGGGAGAAGGCAUGGCUCCUCAACUCCAGACUCAGACGCAACAGAAAUCCCUGCUGAUGAUGAUGAUGAUGAUGAUGAUGACGAAGAGGAGGCUUUGUUUCUGUCUGUUUGCUCUGACGUGGGUGUGCGGAGAAGCAGUGUGACCCUCACAAGCUCAACCAGUGCACCCAGCCAACCCAGCCACAGCCUGGUGAGCCCAGGUGGCUCUGCUGAGGGGACCGUGGCUGUGAGUGGAACUGGAGGUGAGAGGGCCUGUCCAUGUGGUCUACCCGUAGUAGGCCAGACAGAGCCUCCUGCUGCUGAAACCAUCCAGGUAUCAUCUUAUUCCCCUGAAAGAGCAUCCCAACCUAACACCAGUCAGCCGGCCAGAGCGGCAAAAAUCAAAUCGACCACUGCUACUUCAAGUGCUCCCAAGACAGCCAUCAAAGCAUCCAGUCUGGAGGCAAAGAGAGUUUCCAAACUGGACCUGAAAGAGGUUGACGUUAAGGUCAGAUCACGGUCUAACCCGUCUCCCCCUAAAACACCCAGCCAGCAGAACAGAUCUGCUCCAGCCAACGGAAAGAGAGCUGUUCCUAGGAAGGAGGAAGCACAGACUGGGGAUGGGGUUGAGAAGCAAAGGUCGUCUGCAGGUCUGGUCAAAGUGGCCGUGGUGCUGAGACCCGUCAGAGGAAAGAGCAGCAGCCUCAACACCAACCACAAGACUGCAGCCAACGGCUCCGCUAAGCCUGAGAGGAAGAGUGUGGCCGUCGGUCGAACUCUCUCUACCUCAACCAGCUCUCUGGGGUCUGACGUGGUUGAGGUUGGACCCCUGGACGCUCCCGGGAAGGCUGUCCAGGAAGUGCCUGAUAAACAUGAAACAGCUGGAGGUGUGGAGACUAAAAAUUCAAGUGAAGAAGCUCAUGAAGGUACUGGACAGGCUGUGGAGAAACCCAGGACUCCUAGCAGGAAAGUCUCCUCCAAGCUGGGGCCCAAUGCCAGGCAGCAGGGGAGAGGCACCAGAGUGGAUAAGGGGCCCUUGGGAUUGGCUCCACCUCUAGGGUCAGGGACUGGACCUCCAGGACAGGGGAGCCUCGGGCCCAGGCAAGCCCAGAGUUAUGGCUCCACUUUGGGAGAGGACGGACAGAGCGCUGGGGGUGGAUCUCCAACAAGACAGAGCCAAAGUCAGAGCCAGAGUUUCCACAAACCUCGCUCCAUCGCAGAGCGAGCAUCUGUUUUGGCUGUCCCGGGUCCCACAACAGCCAAUCAGCAGCCGGCAUCGGGGUUGGUCAAACGACCCGCUGCCCCCCUUGCAUCAAAACUUCCUGUGAAGGGAUUACCCACAAGCCUCGGUUCCUCAUCACUGGGAGGAACUGAGAUCAGUGGAGGCACGAGCAAAGCUUCUCCAGCACCAACAGUGACCAAGCCAGAUGAGCAGCCCAGCAGAAGCACACUUCCUGUGAGCAGCCAGAGCACGGCAAAGCCCCUCAUCUCCAUCACUGCAGCUCCCAGCAGCAUCAGUACUCCCAGUGACGCAGCUGCCGGUGAUGUCACUGCUGCUCCAAAGCUUCCUGCAUUGAGGAGCAGAGCUCUGUCGCUGCAGGCCAGGACCACUACAGGUCUGAAGGCCCCGACAGUCACCAACCACAACACAGCCAAGACAGCAGCCGCCAAUCAAACAGCAGCAAAGUCAGCUCCUGCUGCCAAUCAGGGCCUGACGAGACAGACAUCCCAGUAUCCCUUGCAAAGAAGUGGCUCAGCAAGACUCAGUCGACUGAAUGGCACAGUGGACAAAAACAAGCCCCGGGAGGCGCCGGCAAGACCCACAACCCACACCAACAGCAGCUCACAGCUAGCAGCGCCUACCGGAGGAAACAACCAGAAAAAGCAGCCUCCUCCACCUGACCUGGUACCAGACGUGGUGAAUGCUAAUGCACCUGUGAGGGCAGCUCUCCCAGUGCCUACCGCUGAUACCACCAAAACAACCUCAGGCACCACUGGAGCCUCUGGUCAUGGGCUCAAAGCAAAAGCCGGGUCAAGAUCCAGCCCGAAAACGGGGUCCCGUCUACAGAAUGCAUCCAAGCCUGGCGCGGCCGGGCCUGCCGUGGCGGACCGUAUGGUCGCUGCUAAACAGAACCAGAGCAAAGAGCAGGCAGAGAAGAAGAACCAGGCCAUCAACCAGCUGAGGAAGCUGCUCGUCCAGGGGAAUAGGAGAGUGGAGGCUCUGGCUACAGUCAUCCAACAUCUAUUCACUGAGCGCGAGGAGGCCUUGAAGCAGAAGAAGGGGCUGUCGCAAGAACUGGCAAACCUCCGAGACGAGCUGGUGGCGUCGUCUCAGUGCUGCGAGCGUCUGCAGAAAGGGAAGGAGGAGGUGCGCGUCAGCUCGGAGGAGGCCCUGACUAGGCUGGAGGAGCAGCACAAGGAGGAGCUAGUGCAGCUGGAGGACAGAUUGAGGAGUUUUUACCAAACAGAAUGGGACAAAGUCCACCAGACGUACCAGGAGGAGGCUGACAAAUGCCGCAUGUUGAUGGAACAGCAGGUGGACGAGCUGAGGAGCCGACAGGAAGCAGAGAGGAAGAAGCAGGAAGUGAGUCACAGCCAGAAGAUGGAGUCUCUCAAACUGCAGUAUGAGACGUCGACACAAGAGCUGAAGAGGAUCCAGCAGACAGACCUGGAGAACCUGAAUAAAACACUGAAGGAGACUGAAACAUCUCUCUCUGAGAAAAUAUGUGAGCUGUCAGCAGAGAAGGAAGCUCUGAAUGAGAAGCUGAGAGCAGAGGAGGAGAGGAGGAGGCUGAUACUCAGUGACAAGAACCUGAAGGACUCCCAUACAGUGUACCUGGAGCAGGAGCUGGAGAGUCUUAAGGUGGUGCUGGAGAUCAAGAACAACCAGCUGCACCAGAAGGAGAAGAAGCUCAUGGAGAUGGACAAACGGUUGGAGACUAACGUGAAACUGGAGGAGUGUCUGAAUAAGGUCCAGCAGGAGAACGAGGACUACAGGGCCAGGAUGGACAAACAUCAAGCUAUCUCCAGGCAGCUGUCCAGUGAACAGGCCAAACUCCAGCAGACGCUGCAGAAAGAGUCCAAGGUCAACAAACGCCUGUCCAUGGAGAACGAGGAGCUGCUGUGGAAGCUGCACAACGGUGACCUGCUGGCGAGUCCCCGCCGCCUCUCGCCCACCUCGCCCUUCGGCUCACCGCGGAACUCUGCCUCCUUCCCCACAGCUGCGCCCUUAUCACCCAGAUAACCCUAGAUAACAAACGUCGACCCCCUUCCUCUCCUCUGACCUCCUGCUUCUCCUCAGAAUCUUCACAAGCCUUGCACACACAGCAGUGUCCCUGGAUAUUAAUGAUAAACUUGUACAUUUACGGAAUAAACUGCAUAAAAGACGCUUAUUUUGAAAGCCAAAAGACAUUGCGGUGGCACCGAUGCACUUAAGUCUGAGAGCGGGACUGACCUCGCUCUCUACCAAAUGCCUGGUUCUCCAGCAAAUCUUUCUUCUUUUUCCGAAGAAAACGUAAAUAACAGGCACACCUCAGGGUCUGUACAUGGCGCCUCACCCUCGUUAUGACUAUCCUUACCUGUUUUUUUCUGAUAUGUUGUACAGUUUAAGUUCCGCUCAUCCUGUUCUUUUAUCCUUCUUAAAGAGGUGGAUGAGAAAAAACCUUGGAUUCGCGGCGCAUGUAGGUUUGUGGAAACAGACUCAAAGUUGUUUGGGUUUGGAUAAAGUGACGGGUACUUCUCGGUGGAUUAGCAUGGAUUCUUUUUCCUUUUCCCUUCUUUUCAAAGAGGAUGAUUUUUCCCCAAAGAGCGAAGCUCAAUCAUUUAUCCGCUUUGGACCUCUGGAUGAAAUGGAUGAACGUGAUGUCCUUUUGUGGGCAAACAGGAACAAAUAUUCAUACAUUUACAUGAACCUUUGAUCCAAUGGAUAUAUGUUCCUCUGUGUGCUCCUCACAACCUCUACCUUAAUCUACUCCGUGGAAUGUAAUCACACCUUUGGAUGUUAAGUCUGAGCAGGGCCAGUUCAGAGACACAAACACACCAUCUCAGAGCCAAAGUGUGUUGGCCAGGACAGUGUUCACCCGCUCCCCCUUUUACGGUUUCCUCCUCUCAUUAACAAUGACUCUAAAAUCACCUUGUGCCCAAACAGAAACAAGGCAGAGCUGAUCAUUUCCACAGAGAAAACUCCCAGACUCUCCGUAAGCUGACCGAUAACUGGCCCUCUGUUUCACUGAAUCACUUUGUCUGUCUGUCUGGUAUUGUUCCUGAAAAACCUCAGAUGUACCCAAACUGUCUCAGUUCACCAUGUUCUGUUUUAUUUUGGACACAGAAUAAAUACAAUAUGACAUUA